UAUCCUGAGAGGUGUGAACUGAUCUGAACUGAUCUGAACAAAAUGUCGUUUAAAGGCGUCGAGUUGUGCAAAAGCAGAGUAUCGAAGGAGGAUAAAGAGUUUUAUGAGUUGAAGAACAAGGCAGUGGAGUAUUACAGAGCAAACGGUGUGCCACAGGAGCUGGAAAAUGUUCUCAAUGAGAUGUUUUCUGCGAAGCCGCACGAUAUUUAUGGAUACAUGGCAAACCACUUCUCCCGCUUGUCACACACACCUGUGAUUAGUGCGCUCGUAGGCAGAGAGGUGUAUGACGGCCGGGGCGAAGCGGCAUUGCAGGUGGAUGUUUACUGCAUCGUCAGGAACGAAGAGAAGUUAAUCAGCAAUGCAGUGGUUACUGGUUUGGAUGGUGAUGGCACAGAGAUACUGAAUGCGGUUGCCAAUGGCAACCAGCAUCGAGCUUUCGUAGAGGUGGCACUGGUUUGGAUCAGAGAUCAUCUGAGCUCCAUGGUGCAUGGAUUUAAUCCCACCCAGCAAACACACCUGGACAAAUUGCUCAGUGAUUUCUACAUGGUCCGUUACCUUGAAGACCAGGAUGCUCGUGAGAAGGAACAAAAACGUGAGGAAGAGGAGAAGAACGAACAAACAUCUGACACGGCAACCUCCCCACCUCCACCUGCUUCUGGCAAAGACAAGAAGAAAGGAGAGAAAGGUAAGAAAGGCAGCGCCCGAGAGAAGCCUCUCCCUCCUCCUGAGAAACCGGAGCCCGUGUUGCCAGGGGCGAUGGCAGUAGGCGCUCUGUCAUUGGCAGCAGCCAAGUCUGCUUCGAGUCUCAUAGCCACACCCCUCUACAAACACAUCCUCUCUCUCAGAGAGCCGCAGGAUCUGACGGUCCUCAUGCCCAGGCUGCUGGUGUCAAUGAUAAGUUGUGGAAAAGAUUCAGCUGGAAAGCUCAACUUGCUGGAGGAGGUCAUCCUGCUGCCCUCUGUACCACACAAAGCCAGAGAAAUCAUCGAGAUAAGUCGUGAUAUUCAGAGAGAGAUAAGAAGAAUAGUUGCUACUACAACGGGGAAGUCAGGGCCUACGGUAACGGGGGUUUCAGAAGGUGGCGCUAUUCAGCUCGGGGUUGAACGUGCCGAACAAGCUCUCGAUCUUUUGAUGGAGGCGUGUUUGAACCUGGGCCUGCCGAUCGGCACCGAGCUCCGGCUUGCGAUAAACUGCGCUGCUCAUCUACUCUUCGACUAUUCUAGAGGCAAAUAUGAGGUGAUGGCAGGAACUCAGAAGUCUCCUGAUGAGCUGGUGGACAUGCUUGCAGGAUUGAUCAGUAAAUAUCCAGCUAUUGUGGCCCUUAUUGACCCCCUCAGGAAAGAAGAUGUGGAACAGUGGCAAAAGCUGAGCUCUCUUACUGGCCAGUCUUGUUGCCUGAUUGCAGAUGCAGCGUUCAGGCCCUGUCCUCACUGGAAGAAGGCCAAGCCCCUUCCCCCUGGGGUCACAUGGGUCACUCUUAGACAUAGAAGCGAGAUGACCCUCACAGACCUUCUCCAUUCAGUCACAGAGCGAACAGAGGGAGAGACCAUUCUAGCUGUGAACAGUGACGAGAUCGGUGAUGACUCCAUGAUAGAUGUGGCUGUAGGUCUGGGUGUAACCUUCAUUAAGCUAGGUGGGCUUACCGGAGGAGGGAGGAUGAACAAGUACAACCGUUUGCACAAGAUCGAGCAGGAGCUAGAGGAGCAGGGCAUUCUGGGUAUUCGGGAGGUCGAGCUCCCGUGUGAAAGCAGUCCUGAGGAGGAGGAAACACAGACACAACCGGAAACAUGACAACACACCACAUUCCAACACAUUUCCGUUUUCUUUUCCAUGCAUCGAUAAAUGGAGCUCCCACUGAUUCUGCCUUAUGGUGAGCUGAAUUACAUUUUUGUUACAUAUAUAAUAAUGAAAUUACUGAAUAAAUCCGAUCCUUUUGUCCGCUUGACAGGAUCAUACAAAUCCUGUCCUUGUGUAGCUCAUAUUAGAGCAGUUCAAAUGUGGUGCUUUGAGUACAUACUGCUGCAUAAUUAACGCUACCCGGAAAUAGCACACAAAUACUACACACAGCAUCCUAAACGCUACCCGCAAAUACCAAACACACAAAUACUCCACGCGGCAUUCUAACCGCUACCCGCGAAUAUCAAACACACAAAUACUCCACACCGCAUCCUAAACGCUACCCGCGAAUACCAAACACACAAAUACCCCACGCGGCAUCCUAAACGCUACCAGCAAAUACCAAACACACAAAUACUCCACGCGGCAUCCUAAACGCUACCAGCAAAUACCAAACACACAAAUACUCCACGCUGCAUCCUAAACGCUACCAAAUACCAAACACACAAAUACUCCAAGCGGCAUCCUAAACGCUACCCGCGAAUACCAAACACACAAAUACUCCACGCGGCAUCCUAAACGCUACCCACGAAUACCAAACACACAAAUACUCCAUGCAGCAUCCUAAGUGCUACCCGAAUACCAAACACACAAAUACUCCAGGCAGCAUCCUAAACGCUACCCGCGAAUACCAAACACACAAAUACUCCAUGCAGCAUCCUAAGUGC